CCAAAGCGCUCUCGAGCUUCGUCGACUGAAUCCAUAGGAGAAGGCUCCCGCGACGUUCACGUCUCAGUGCCCCAGCCCAUAGCCCUAGCUCCAGAUCGCUCUUCCAGCCAAGAAACAAAUCAAUCUAGCUCUUUCCUCAGCGCAGGGAGAAGAUAUAGAGCGCGAAAUGGCCAAUGGAAUGGAGACUCAAGGUCCAGCACUCGAGAUCGAGUUAGAGCAGACACUUCGAGUUCACAAACCCGCUCACAAAGCUUUGACAAUUGCUCACUCUUCACUUCGACUGACGAACGACGAUUGCCGAGUGCUCAAACCAAACGUAAACGGACGAGGCGCUUUAUCCCUCGACCUGACAUUACCUCUACCUAUAAGAGGACACCGUCGCCGGACCUCGCAGAAGAGGGCAACACUCCACAGCAAGAUACCCGGCUUCUUCUACCUUGUGGCCCACUCCUCCUGCAUACAUCACAGAGCGGUACAUCAGUCAAUCUCGAUGAACGACUUGUUUUGCCGUUCAACGACACAGGGGGUGAUUCGGGCGAAGAGACCUCAGCGACUCUCGGGUCCUCUCAUUCGGCCAGCAGGUGUUCAUCGUCAAGCAAGAGUCAGGUACCAAUGCGACGGAUCAAGAAAGAUCAAGGUGACGAUGGUGAGCACAUUAGAGGCCGAAGGGAUGUCAACGCGCAUUCAAUCAACGAUGACGGACAAGAGGACUCGGCGAGCUUAGCUCCUACAUCGAGAUGAUUCGGAAGAAGUGGAAGAACCAGUGGAAGUCAAGUCGGUCGAUCGGCUCCUGCCAUGAUAAGCCACGAAGCUCGUGCUGCCGUUCAGCUCAGGCCGAAACACAGGCACUGAGGACCUGGAAUCAGAUGUACGGAUGGGAAGACGAUGAUCAUGUCAGCGAAGAAUCGGAUGAUGAUGACUGUAAAUAUUGGGUUGUUAUACUGGA